CAUCGGGAGUUCCGAUAGCUGAGAGAGUUUGUUUGAAUUCCGACGCUACUUCCGGCGCCGAUGGUGGGGGACGUGAAGCGGUGGAGCGUGACGUACACGAAGCACAUCAAGCAGAAGCGCAAAGUGUACCAAGACGGGUUUCUAGAGGUUCAAUCUUCAAGCCACAAGGUUAUUCUCUACGAUGAUUGUGAAAAGGUUUUGGGUAGUAAGUUUAUAAAGAUCGAAAAUGAUGUUGAAUCAGGCCAAACACUAGCAUUUGAUUCCUACCUUGUGGAUAUUGGUGAUAUACAUGGUGAUCACAAACCUAUAGUAAAUAAAACUUCUGAGGCAAGGGAUAAACAUAUUGGUUUGAAACCUCGGUCAUUGCACAACCAAAAAUUCAGGAAUAACUCUGCUGUUGAGGACAAGAAGCCUAAUUUCAGGGAAAAGAAAGCAUUGUCAAGUUCUCUAAGCCCAUCACAGAAACUAAUUAGAGAGUUCAAGAAAGGUGAAGUGAAGAAGUAUAGUUCUUCCCCAAGUUGUCUUGAUGUGACACAAUCUUGUGAAGAAGAAUGGCAGGUCUUGUACACCACUCAACUAACUCAAAAAGCCAAGAAAUUUCAUGAUGGAUUUUUACGAAUUUCAAUGAAUGGUUCACAAUGCAAGAAGGCCAUGCUCUAUGAUGCUGCCAAAGGACUCUUAGAUAGUAGUUUUCAAAAGCCUCUUCUGGACUCUAAGUUUCAAGGAGGAAAAGUGAUGCAUGAUAAAUUACACUCCCAGCACUACUCUCCUGCCGAGUUCAAGAAAGGUGAGAUGCAUAAGUACAGUUCUUCGCCAAGUUGCGUUUAUGAGACAAAAUCUGGGGAAGAAGAAUGGCAGGUCAUGUACACCACUCAAUUAAUUCAAAAAGCCAAGAAGUUCCAUGAUGGGUUCUUACGAGUUUCAUUGAGUGGCUCACACUGCAAGAAGGCCAUGCUCUAUGAUGCUGCCAAAGGACUUUUGGAUAGCCGGUUUUUAAAAACAAAUGAAAAUAUUAAGUGUGGUAACUCAAUAACUUUUGAUGGUUUCCUGGUGGAGAUUGGAGAAUGUGCAGGAAAUCAAAAACCUCUUCUGGACUCAAAUUUUCAAGGAGGACACAUUGAGGUGAUGCAAGACUCUUUACACUCUCAGCACAAGUAUCCAGUUGAAUGGGAUGUCAUGUACACUUCUCAGGUAUGUCAAAAACGGAAGAAAUAUAAUAGUGGAGUUCUCAGACUCUCAUCUUGUGGUUCUUUUCAAUAUCAGGUCACUCUGCUCACAGAAGAGGGUAACACACUAGGCCGAAGGUUCCUUAAAUCAUCUGAACAUGUGGAAACUGGAGUUACAUUGAAUCUACCAAAUUAUUUAGUCGAUGUUGGUGAUGCUCACACAAUUCAAAAAGAACCUCAACGUGGUGGUGAUUUUUCUCAUAAAAAUAAUAUUUCAAUCUCUAAAAGAUUCAGUAUGAGUAUCGCUGCAAAAAAUCCUUCUCUUGGCAGUGAUUCAGCAACAUUCCACAGUGAAGCUCAAAAUAUAACUUCCUUGCCUGAGGACAUAAAUUUUAACACUAGAAGCUCGACUCUCGCAAGCUCUACAAUGGGCUCAGGAAUUGACAAGAAGCAUGUACGCGCUGCUUGCGAAAUCUUAUCUAUUCUAAAGAAACCCAUUGUUUUAAUGGAAAGUGCCUCUACGGAAAAGACUAGGCAAUCAUCGAAGGAGAAGAUAGUUUGCAAAGAAGAAGAAACAAGCAUUACAGACACCACCCCUUGUGGCAAACAUGCAAAUGUUGACUUAUCACACCCUGAAAAUUCGUCUGGAACUAAAAGCAAGAUUUUUUCAGAAUCUGUCUCCUCCAGAGGAAACGAAACUCGUGAAACACAAGGAGCAUCAACGGAUGACCUUCCCACUAAUCUGUCCAUGAAGAAGGCUUUCUCUGCCCGACAUGAGAGUUCUGUAGAAAUAGGCAUGUCAGAUGGAAAAGAAGAGGAAGCAAUUGCAAGCGUGAAAAUGGAAAGAGAAGAGAAGUCCUUCGGAUGUGCUCUCGGGGUGAUGAAACAUUUUCAAGAGCCAAAAGAGUGUCAAGUAGAAUCACUUUGCUCUGUGAAAUCCGACUCAAUUGCCUUUGAAAUGGCUGUGGACUGUGACACCAAAGACAGUUUUGAGCUCAACACAAGCACAAGGAAAGACAAUGACUUCCCAAGUUUUGAUCUCGGGUUUUGAGCUCAAGUAGUGCAAAGUAAAAAUCCCCAUUUAUAUGGGAGCCAAUACAAUGUAUAAAGUCCCAACAUUUAUAUUUACACAUUAUCACAUCGUGUGGCAUUUUAACCAAUGUAACACGUUCAAGGGUUUAUUCU